AUGACCGAGUCGAUGCUUCGUUUUUCAAACAAAUCAAAGCUCGACCUCACUUCCCAACCGGCUGUCGACGAGUUCUUCGCCGCUCACCGGCCCCGCUACGUCGUCCUCGCCGCUGCUAAGGUCGGCGGCAUCCACGCCAACAACACCUACCCCGCCGACUUCAUCACCGUCAACCUCCAGAUCCAGACCAACGUCAUCUCCUCCGCUCUCCGCCACCAAACCCUAAAGCUCCUCUUCCUCGGCUCCUCCUGCAUCUACCCCAAAUUCGCCCCGCAGCCCAUACCCGAGUCCGCCCUCCUCACCGGCCCGCUCGAGCCCACCAACGAGUGGUACGCCGUCGCCAAGAUCGCCGGGAUCAAGAUGUGCCAGGCGUACCGCCUCCAGCACUCGUUCGACGCCAUCUCCGCUAUGCCCACCAACCUGUACGGCCCCAACGACAAUUUCCACCCGGACAACUCCCAUGUCCUUCCAGCCCUUCUGCGCAGGUUUCACGAGGCCAAAGCCAAUGGUGCCGGUAGCGUGGUGGUUUGGGGGAGUGGGACCCCUCUGCGCGAGUUUCUGCACGUAGAUGACCUGGCGGAUGCCAUAGUUUUUUUACUGGAGAAUUACAGUGGUGUGGAGCAUGUGAAUGUGGGGAGUGGGAAGGAGGUUACCAUUAAGGAGCUUGCUGAGCUUGUUAAGGAUGUGGUUGGAUAUAAAGGGGAGAUUGUUUGGGACUCGAGCAAGCCUGAUGGGACGCCGAGGAAGCUCAUGGAUAGCUCGAAACUUGCUGGCAUGGGAUGGGAGCCCAAGAUUUCUCUCAAGGAUGGGCUUGUGGGUACUUACAAGUGGUAUCUGGAUAAUGUGGCUGGGAAGCAAUGA